UCGGUUCCUUUGUUGUUCAAAGUGAGGCCUUUUCAUAAUUGCCGAUAAUUUUGUCAAUGUCGGGCUCGAAUGCUGAAUAAUGAAACAUGAUAAUUUGCAUGAGCAGGGACAGAUUUGAUGGAGUAGUAAGCUGAUAGAAGGAUAAAACAUGGAUGUUGUUCCGAACCCAAAUGUAGAAUAUUGUUUCCUUGAUGGUCACAAAGUGCGAAAAUACUGCAUCAAAUCGUCAGAAAUACCAAGGCUAAAUUUUAAUGAUCCAACAGCGAUCGAGCAUAUUGCUAACCAGGAGCCAGUUGUUCUAACAGAUUCAAAUUUGAUACAGCCAGCUCUUAAAUGGGAUCUCUCAUAUUUGGCCGAAAAUAUUGGAGAUGGAGAAAAUACAGUUUUCUUUUCCAGCAAUGGAAAAUUUAUGUAUUAUGAUGAAAAGCGAUGUAUUGGAAAAUAUGAGAAUUUCAAACCACCAACUGAAAAACAUUUACUUGAUUUUAGUAACUUCUACAAGCUCGUUGAAUCUUGGGAAAAUGGAGACAAGAGAUUGUAUUUGCAGCAAAUGCUUAAUAACACCGUGAAGGAGAAGGUUGUUUCUGAUUUCAUUGGAUUUAAUUGGCAAUGGUUGUCUGAACAACAACAGAAAAAUAACUGGGGUCCAUUGACAUCAAACCUAUUAUUAGUUGGACAGCCAGGAAACAUUACCCCUGUCCACUAUGAUGAGCAAGAGAACUUCUUUGCCCAAGCAAAGGGCUACAAAAGAUGCAUUUUAUUCCCUCCAAGCCAGUUUAGAUGCUUAUACCCUUUUCCCUACCAUCAUCCUUGUGACAGACAGAGCCAGGUGGAUUUUGACAACCCAGACUAUAAACGUUUUCCAUUAUUCAGAAAAGCUCUUGGCAGGGAAGCUAUAGUUGGUCCUGGGGAUGUUCUCUACAUACCUGUCUAUUGGUGGCAUUACAUAGAGUCUGUUUUAGAUGAAGGAGAAACCCUUUCCAUUAACUUCUGGUACAAGACAGCUUCUACAUCAUCAAAGGAAAUUAAGUUUCCCUUGAAGAUGGAUCAGAAAGUUGCAGUAAUGCGAAAUAUUGAAAAGCUUCUUGGUGAAGCACUAGGAGACCCAGAUGAGGUUGGUCAUCUGCUAAACACAAUUGUUCGUGGCAGAUACCCGGAAGACCAAGAAACCUUGGAAAAAGAGAACGAAAAACAGUGAGGUUUGAAAUUGUUUAUCGAAAGUCAAACAAUCAGAGUGAUUCUUUGAGAUUCCAUUGAUAAUUGUGCAAAUCGUGUAGUUGAAUAGUUGAAUAAUUCAAGUUGUUUUGAUUUUCAAAAAAGACUAGGCCUAGAUGCUCCUGUAGGUUUAGGGCUCGAGAUUAUAUAGUUUAUGGCUUAACAUAAUAUACCAUAUAUUUUACUGUGUAUUUCAAGGUAAAUGUGGUUAAACACAGUUACUUUUGAUGUACUUACAACACAAACAAACAGCUUCAAGGCUUUUGCAUAACUUGCACCUAAAUAUUAAAAUUCAGCACAACUGGUUUUUUUGCAAGAUGGAGCAAAGGAUAGUUUAGGAACGUUUAUUUUGGGUUCUCCAACCUUGCGCUUAGGUCUACGUUUCUGUGAUUUUGUCAACAGGACGAAUUUAAUCUCAAUUUGUAUAAACACAGGUUUAAUUAAAUAAAUCUAAUCUUACUGUUUUAAAUGCGAUCAUACGGGAUUAUUUAUGCGAAGAUGCCCGUAUUUAUCGGUUUAUUUUGCUGUGGCAAAAGGUUUGGAUAUCGAUCACAUGGGGCCGGGAACUUUAGAUGGCCUAGGGGCCUAGGGCCUAGAGGUAUAGGUCAUUAUGGUCAAGAGGUGAAUAGGUCUAUCCAUAUGCAUUUAUUGAAUGACAUACACGAAAUAUCUACAAACAAACGCAUCAAAUCAGAAAGCAAAAUUACUAUAAUCAAAAUAUGUAAGCAAAAUUACUUAUUGUACAAUUGUGAAUUUAGAGGUUAGCCUAAGAAUUCAUGUUAAUCGUAUAUAUGAAAUAGUUAAUUUGUAACCAUAGUCUAUGGUGUAACACGGCUGUUUUACCGAUAUCUUCUUGUCUGGGGGUGCAUCUUGGGGCCUUUGGUAACUGCCUUUUUCCGCCAAAAAAGAGUAGGACUGAAAUUCAGUCAAUCUUUUUUAUUUCCUUUAAUUUAUAUUUCCAACACAAUUGUAAAUUCAAAUUUUACUGGAGUCGAGUGCCUUGUUU